AUGCUGCUUUGUCUUGAAAUAAUAAUUAAACUACUUAAACAUUUUGUUCUAGUGUCAACCAAUACAAAAUCUGCUUCUAAACUAUCCAGAAAAGCAGAGCUUUUUUUUCUCAAGCUCAAUUUAUUUCCAUCUGUUCCACCAACUACCGAUGAACAUAAACUUCGAAAUCAACGUAUUUCAACAAGAUUAUUUAUCUUCUUCUUAUUUAUAUCAUUAUCUAUCCUUUUCUUAUAUAAUUCAUUGAUAAAUAUUACAGAAACAAUUAAUGUUAAAGCACCUUCUAUCAAAGAAUAUUCGCAGCUCUAUAACUCAUAUAGUCAAACAUUAACAUGUGAAUGUACACAGAUAUCAAUUAACUAUGAAGAAUUUAUUCAAAUUCAAUACACACUACAUCAGGUGUGUCGUAGUGACUUUGUUACUCAAGAAUGGAUCGAUUAUGUUGCUAACUCGUAUGGAAACGAUGGAACAUUUUAUGAUACCUUUCGAACGACGGGCACAUUUGUAUUUCAAGCCUUAUCUACACUUUGUGUCCUAGUUGAUCAAACAAUAUCGAAUAGCUUAACUCAGUUCUAUUCGAGUCAAUAUGUAAGUGAAUUUGUAACACCUGAAAAUGUAUUUCAACUACAAACUGAUGCAUUUAUAUCUCAAUUCAUAUUAUCAACAACAAAUCAAUUUUUGUUAUCACUAUCCAUGAUACGAAAAACAACACAAAGCAACGCUUUGCUCUCUGGACAACUCACUAAUUACAGAUUCUAUUAUAAUCUCGAUUCUAGUUUAACUACAGAAUCUGUCCGAUACGAUGAUUGUACGUGCACUUCUUCAGCUACCUGCAUUGAACAAUAUACAGUUAUUAAUUAUCCUAACUUCACGCAAGUAUUUCCUUUACCAGGUCUUUAUAUAGGAUGUUAUAUAAUUGAAUCAUUACUUCAGUCUAAUCUUAAAUGUUUUUACGAUCAAGUCUGCAUAGAUACCGUACAGCUAUACUUAGGAUCGUCUACAUUUAUAAAUGUGACAGCUCUUGAUAUAUCAUUGUCGAUCCAGUAUUUGGAAAACUCAACAAUUGCAGAUAUUCUUGAUGAAUUGAUGGUUGAAGAAUGGAAUUCAUCAAGUAUUUAUGAUAAUUAUUACAGUGAAUGUCAACCGUCAGGCUGUAGUUAUACUGUUACGACGAAGAAUAGUGCAAUAUACAUUAUUACAACUCUGACUGGAUUAGUUGGUGGUUUGAUUACAGUAUUGAAACUUACGGUGCCUAUGUUAGUCAAAUUCGCAAGGAAAUGCAUGCACAAAGAAGUAAAAACAGAAGCCGGUAAGAGAUGA